AUGGUCCAGCAACUCGAUCGCUUUGCUCAAGAGCUCAAGAGAGUCGCCCGUGAUGUUGGUGUUGAAGGUAAAAUGGGCGGGCAGGCGAACGCUGUUGGAAUGUGUGGUCAGUGGAAAGAGAUCACACAAGAUGUGAACAUCAUGGCCGACAACUUGACAUCGCAAGUCCGUGCGUUUGGAGAAAUAACCAAUGCAGCGACUGAUGGAGACUUCAGCAAGCUGAUCACCGUGAGCGCAUCUGGCGAGAUGGACGAGCUCAAGCAGAAGAUCAAUAAAAUGGUCUCCAGCCUGCGCGACAGCAUCCAGCGGAAUACUGCAGCGAAAGAGGCUGCUGAGCUUGCAAAUCGAAGCAAAUCCGAGUUUCUUGCGAAUAUGAGCCAUGAGAUACGCACGCCGAUGAAUGGAAUCAUCGGGAUGACUCAGUUGGCGCUUGAUACAGAGGGUUUGACACCCUACACACGGGAGAUGUUGAACGUGGUCCACAAUCUUGGCAAUAGUCUUCUGACCAUAAUCGACGACAUCCUCGAUAUCUCCAAGAUCGAGGCUAAUCACCUGGUCAUCGAGAAUAUCCCCUUCAGCCUCGGAGCUACCGUCUUCAAUGCGCUGAAAACCCUCACCGUCGAAGCAAACGAGAAAGCUUUGGAACUUACCUACUGUGUGGAUAACUCAGUACCCGAUUAUGUUGUUGGUGACUCCUUCCGACUCCAUCAAAUAAUUUUGAACCUCGUUGGAAACGCGAUAAAGUUCACGGAGCAAGGAGAGAUCCAACUCACAGUCAGGAAGACUGCAUCUGACCUUGCACCUCCAGACUACAUGCUCGAGUUCCUAGUUUCCGACACUGGCAUUGGAAUCGACAAUGGCAAGCUAAACCUCAUUUUUGAUAAGUUCCAGCAGGCGGACGGAUCUAUGACUAGACGGUUCGGCGGGACAGGAUUAGGCUUAUCAAUCUCGAAAAAGCUGGCCAAUCUUAUGGGCGGAGAUAUCUGGGUAUCCUCUACCGUGGGUGUGGGAAGCACUUUCCACUUUGUCUUUAAAGUAACCCUCGCCGAUACAUCGCUCGAGGCAAUGUGCAAGCGGCUCCAGCCAUAUCGAGACCACAAGGCCCUUGUGUUCGCCGUAAACGGGGAGGAAGCGUCGGAACCAAUCAGCCAGAUGCUCAAGACGCUCCGUCUAGAACCAGUCGUUGUGGCCUCCACGCAGCAAAUCGAAGCGACCAGGACGACCACCAAGCCGUUCACCAACCAUCACUCACAGUAUGAUGUCAUCCUUAUCCAGAACAUGGAGUCCGCCGUGAGUCUACGAGCAAUGGACGAGUUCCGAUUCGCGCCAGCUGUCUUGAUAGGACCUACCAUGUCAGUGAGCAUGAAGGCAGCGAUGGAUCUGGGCGUGACGUCGUAUGUGACAACACCCUGCCGUGCUAUCGACCUUGGACACGGCCUCCUUCCUGCGUUGGAGGGUCGGUCGACUCGCGUGAGCAUGGGACAAUCCAUCCCUCUGGCAAUCUUGCUUGCCGAGGAUAACGAGGUGAACCAGAAGGUUGCCGUCAGAUUCUUGGAAAAGUAUGAGCACAAAAUUAUAGUUGUUGACAAUGGCUUGGAAGCGUUGGCAAAAGCCCGCGAGCGCAGGUACGACGUGAUAUUGAUGGAUGUUCAGAUGCCCAUAAUGGGCGGCUUCGAAGCAACCGUUCUUAUCCGCCAGUAUGAGCAGGAACAUGGCAUCUCGCGGACUCCUAUCAUCGCCUUGACUGCACAUGCCAUGUUCGGCGAUCGGGAUAAGUGCAUUGCAGCGGGAAUGGACGACUAUCUCUCAAAGCCGCUGAAUCAGAAUCAGCUGGUUCAGAUGAUCGCCAAGUGGACCGGAGUUUAG